CGGUCCAUUCCCUUCCCUCAAAACAUGUCCGAACGUAUACCCCUUCUCUGUUGCCUUCUUCCUGAAAUCAGCCAACUUUCCUGAAUCAUCCACCUGAACCAAAUGAAUGGGGCGUAGGGCAUCACCUUCCACCUGAACAUCGACAUAUCCAGCAUCCAUCGCUAAUUCAGAAGCCAAAAUCAAGGACAUCAUCUCCGCCUCUUCACUGCACUGCGCGACUAGUUCAAAGCAAGCUGCCCAAAUAAAAUGACCAGAUUGAUUCCUAAGUAUGGCUCCUCCCAUGGAUAAGCCAGAUGCCAAGGAGAAUAAACCAUGUAUACCGGGAUCCCACUGCAUUGAACCAGAAGCGCUAUAAGAAGUAAGAUUUGCAGCCAUCUCAUGAACUCCACAAAUCCUUCUCCAAAUAUUAGAAUCUGUAAUUUUUGGCCUCAUAUCCUCACCUCUAGGAUAUCUUGCUUUUAUAAAUUUACACCAGGGAGAAUUGUUAUUCUUCCAUUUCCACCACAAUUUAAGGGAAAAAGCUUUCUCCAAGUCAACUAAUGCUCUAAACCCAAGACCACCCUCUUCUGUUGGGUAACAUAAUUUACUCCACUUGGCCCAAUGGAAUCGUUUGCUAUCUGAAUUGGACCCCCAUAGGAAUGAAGCCAUUUUCUUCUCCAGUGUGGAUAUGACUUUUUUAGGAAGAUGAUCAAUGCAUCUGAAGGGUUCUCAAGAGGUUUGAAAGCAAGAAUGGCACAGGGCAUAAUAAAGCCUUAUUGGUUAGGGAGUGCAGGAUAUUCUGUUAGUCAUUUGGGGUUUGCCGAUGACCUAUUGGUUUUUAUUAAUGGUGAUUCAAGAUCCACACUAAAUUUUAAAAACUUUGUAAGUGAGUACCAGUCUGCUUCAGGCCAAACGGUUAAUUUAGAGAAAAACAACUUUAUCACUGGGAAGGGUGCUACUUACAGAAGUUCCACAAUUGCUAAAGCUUUGGGGAUGAGGAAAUCUAGCCUUCCAAUGAAGUAUUUAGGAGCCAACCUGCAUAAAGGAAGAAAUAGGUUUCAGUACUGCUCACAUAUUAUCAGGCAUUUUGACUCUAAAAUGUCCUCAUGAUCACCAAUUCACAUAUACUCUUUAGCUCAGUUUAGAUUAGUGUUUUCUUUAUAUUUUCUAUCAUGUUUAGUCUCCAAAUGAGGAGCUAAACUCUUCUAUCUUGGUUUUGCUACUUUGAAACUUAAUGAAUUUGUAAGUUGUGAGUUAUUCUCUUUAAUCUUUUUCCUUGAAUAUUAAUUCUUCCUUUAAAUACUA